AGCUGUUUGGAGAACCGAGCGUGUCUGCCUGCCUGCUCCGGUAGUGGCUACGUGUAAUACUAGAGGAAAAUGGCAGAUAGAAAAAACAAUAAUGCUCCCAACACCAAUUCAAAUUUAUUGUUCAGCGCCGCCCCCGAGUUUAACUUCAACCUGCCCUUCAUGCCAGUGAGUCAGGCCACUGGUCCGGCGGUGCUGUCAGGAGAAGAUUCCACUGAUGUUGGAGAAGAAGACAGUUUUCUCGGUCAGACCUCUGGGAACGGCGCAGCCCCCUCUACGUUCAACUACUUCUCCAGCCCCGUAACCAGUAGCGACCCGUUUGCAUCCAUAGGACAGACACCAUGCCCACCGCCAGCGCUGUCUACAGCCCCGACAACAACAGGACCUGUUUCUGUUCCCAGCAGCGUCAACAUGGCUCCAGCACCUCCUCCGGCCUCGCAAAUGAACCCUGCCACUUCAGUGUUUGGCGGCGCUGUUUACCAGAGUCCCCUGGGGCGUCACACGCCUCCACCCACAUCGAUGACCCCACCGCCUCCCCAAAUGCAGCCACAGAGUUACAACCCAUACCGACACACCCCCACCAGCAGCAGAGCCAGUCCUUACAUCCCAGCUCCUGAGAUCCUGCCGCCGACACACACACCUCAGCAGAAUCCCUACUCUCUCAGCUCCCCGCCUCAAACCUUCCCGAUGUCAGGACCCACGUUUACAACGCCUCCUCCCACACAUAUUCAAGGGCCUCCACCUACAGCCUCCACUGCUGGAGCUGUAGUUCCUGCAGGUCCAAUGAUGCCGUACAACUACAACGUCUAUGAAGCAGUUCAGCCUCAUUGGUUCUACUGCAAGCAGGUGGAGUCUAAGAGCGUCUGGCUUCCUUUCAGCAUCAUCGACUCCCUUCAGCUUGAGGAGACGUACAACUCUGUUCAACCAGACCCAGAGAACGUGAUUGUGCGGACAGAUGGAGGGCGCUACGACGUGCAGCUCUAUGACCGCAUGCGGACUGCAGUGUUCUGGGAGGAAGAGCCUACAGAAGUCCGGCGCUGCAGCUGGUUCUACAAAGGCGAUACAGACAGUCGCUUUGUUCCUUAUUCUGAGGAGUUUAGCGACAAGCUGGAGACAGAAUAUAAGAAAGCUGUGUCUACCAACCAGUGGCACCGCAGACUGGAGUUCCCAUCAGGAGAAACGAUUGUCAUGCACAAUCCAAAGGUCAUUGUGCAGUUUCAGCCCUCCUCUAUUCCAGAUGAGUGGGGCACAACUCAGGAUGGGCAGACGAGGCCCAGAGUGGUGAAGAGAGGGAUUGAUGAUGACCAUGAUGAAGUGCCUGAUGGGGAGCUCCCCAAGGUGGAUCAUCUUGUGUUCAUGGUUCAUGGGAUCGGUCCUGUGUGUGACCUCAGGUUCAGAAGCAUGAUUGAGUGUGUGGACGACUUCCGUAAUGUGUCGCUGAAGCUGCUGCACAGUCACUUUAAGAAAUCGCUGGAUGAUCACGCUAUCAGCCGGGUGGAGUUUCUGCCUGUUCAGUGGCACACGGCUCUACAUGGAGAUGCCACAGGAGUGGACAGGAGGAUAAAGAAGAUCACCUUGCCCAGCACUGGCCGUCUGCGUCACUUUACAAACGAGACUUUGUUAGAUGUGCUUUUCUACAACAGUCCUACGUACUGCCAGACCAUCAUGGACACAGUUGCCCUAGAAAUUAACCGCCUUUAUGCCCUGUUCUUGGCGAGGAACCCAGACUACAGAGGAGGGAUUUCAGUGGCCGGACACAGUUUAGGUUCCCUGAUUCUCUUCGAUCUGCUUUCUAAUCAGAAGAACGGUUCACAGGCACCGAUCAUGCCAACCAUACCCGCUGCUAAUGGAGAUGCCAAUCAGGUGACAGCCCCGGUUACUCAGGGAAACAAUGCUGUUACCCCUCCGGCUGUGGAGGAGCCGCCAAAAGAAGAUGGAGAGGAGUUUGAGGAUCUUUCAGCUGUGCUGCAACAUCUGGGCCUGUCUGAGUACAAGGGCACCUUUGAUGAGGAGAAGAUUGACAUUGAGUCUUUUCUUAUGUGCACAAUUGAGGACCUGAAGGAGAUGGGAAUCCCUCUGGGUCCCAGGAAAAAGAUUGCCAAGUUUGUCAAAGAAAGACUGAAUAAGCUGGCUGCACGUCAGGCAGCUGAGGAGAAGAAAGCGGAGGUCAGAGAGGUCAGUCAGGCUGCAGCGCCAACACCAGCAGCAGCUGAAGCUCUGGCUGUCGCUGCCGUCAAACAGCUUCCAGUGGGACACGCUGUCUCCUCCAUCCACGUCGACUACAAUUACUUUGAAGUUGGUACUGGGCAGGUGUCUGUGGUCUACCACGCUCUGGACUUUGAGCCUGUGAAUUUCUUUGCCCUGGGUUCUCCAAUCGGCAUGUUUCUGACGGUCCGAGGCCUCGAGAAGAUUGAAGAGACGUACCAGCUGCCCACAUGCAAACGAUUCUUCAAUAUUUAUCACCCGUUGGACCCAGUGGCCUACAGGAUCGAGCCCAUGAUACUGCCAGACUUGGACUUGAAGCCUGUUUUGAUCCCACAUCACAAAGGAAGGAAAAGGCUUCAUCUGGAGCUGAAGGAGAGUCUCUCUAGGAUGGGCUCUGACUUGAAGCAGGGUUUUAUCAGCUCUCUGAGAAGCGCCUGGCAGACGCUCAACGACUUUGCUCGAGCUCACACCUCGUCUGCCCAACUGCAGGCUGAGCUGGCCAUUGUGGCCAAUCAGAUCGCAGAGGAGGAGAAACACGUCGAGGAGGAACACAGGAUUCCAGAGAGCCCCGAGCCACAAAAAGAAGAGGAACCUCAGGUGAAGAUCGGGAUGCUGAACGGAGGGAAUCGCAUCGACUACGUCCUGCAGGAGAAGCCCAUCGAGAGUUUCAAUGAGUACCUGUUUGCCCUCCAGAGUCACCUCUGCUACUGGCAAUCAGAAGACACAGCUCUGCUUCUUCUCAAAGAGAUCUACAAGACCAUGGGCUUCCAUCCAGAACAGAUAGCACAUUAAUACAUUGAAAAUGAGCCUGAAACUUUCCCAUCUACUUUACUUCAUGUCUUGAUUUUUUUUUCUAGUUUCUUUCCUUUUAUUUUCUAUUGAUGUAGUUUAUUGUAUACAGAUGAAUAAUACAGUUGUAUUAUGCCAUUUGUCUUAAAUUAAGAAGCAUACAAAUGAGCUAGUUGAUUCAAAGACACUUGACAAGUUUGAUAUUACAUUUUUAUAGCAUAAAUUAUAGAACUGGUCAAGUUUACUAAAAAAUAUGUACCAUCAGAUCGAAUGUUAACAGCAGGAACGACAUAGCAGCAGUUAAUGCAACCAUCUGUAAGUUUUAUUUCAUGGCCAAAAAUUUAAAAUAAAUCAUUACCUUGUACAUGAA